AUUAUGUACAAUAAUUCAGGUUUAAUACCUACCAGAUUUUUAAUUUUGAUAGUACAUUUUGUCAUUUGUGUUACUUUAUUAUGGAACAAGGAGGAGUCAGUGAACGCCUGUUUAAUAAAGAAAUCAUCCCUUCAAUCAGAAAACGUUCUUGGCAGUUACCUUACUCAUGCAUUUCAAUUGAAAUGGAGUUUUAACACGUUGAGCACCAACCAAAUUGAAAAAACUUUCCUCUGGAGAAUUUUAAAUUUAUUUGAAAUAAUAAAUGGGAAAAAAUGAUGUUUUUGUGUGUGGUCCAUAGGCCCACUCUGGGCUCCUCGAGGGAAAGUUUACCUAGGGUCCAGGGCGGUCCAAUGGGCCGUAUACAAAAUACAUAUUUUGCACUUUUUAUUGGAAAUAAAUCUAUUCUUUAAAUUGUACAAAGUUUUCUUUAAAGUGUACAAAAAUCUGCGAUGUGUUGUGAAAAAGAAAAAUGUGAGAUGAAGGUAACGUAAAGGUAGCACAAAUAAAAAUGUUUCACCAAAUAUUAUUUCAAUUAUGUAGAUGAAAACAUACAAACAAAAAUAUGAAAAGCAAGGUUUUUUCUUUUAUAAUGGAGUUUAAGAUCAUGAAAAAAAUCAAUUGGACCAAAUGUAGGGUUAUGUUUCAAGGACCCUGGACGGUCCAACCAAACCGUAAAGCACAUUUAAAUACGGACCCUCGGGUCGUGGAUAAAUUUUGGAAUAAAAUACGUCGUGCAGUUCAUAGGCCCACUCCGAGCUGUGGGGAAAGUUCAGUUGCGGGCCUACGGACCGCACCGUUGUUCAACAUAUUAAAAGAAUUUUCUUGCAAUUAAUUUUUCUAAAUCGGGCAUGGUAUUUUAAUAAAAUUAAGUGUAUUGAGUAUACAAUGACAAUGUUUAUGUCUUUAUUUUUGUUGUUACUAUUACAAUCAAAUGAUCGGAGUGUAUGAAAUAUAUUUAUUAAAAGAUUUGUAAGGAAUAUAAAGUCCGAACAGUAUUUUUUGAUCACACCUCGCAUACUAUUUUCCAAUCCGGUUCUGAAUAAUAUUGUGCAAACCAUUUUUUACUCAACCUCCAUUCUAACAAGACAUAUGGAAUAUAAUUUGAAUGUGAUAAUUUUAUUUAACAAUUAUAGGUUAUCGGAGGCAAAUAAUAACAAAACUUUAUACUAACGUGGCCAGUUAGCGCUAAUAAAAUUUGCGUUUUCGGAAAUAUAUAAGUGGUUGUAGUAUUUACUGUAAAAAUCAUGAUACAGAAGGAUAUCUCUAUCGAACGCCCAGGAUGGUCGAAACUUUUGAUACUAGCUGGGGCUUCAACCACCAUAGGAUUAUCCCAAACUGUAGGUUAUAACCUAGGAGUGGUUAAUACACCCGCAGAGGUUAUAAAAAAAUUCUGCAAUGACACUAUUUUCAAUCGUUACGGACAAUAUCCAGGAAAAUAUCAACUUGAUUUAAUAUGGUCAUUUAUUGUAUCAAUGUUUCUGGUUGGAGGUGCUGUUGGUUCCUUGGGUGGUUCCUAUCUUGCUGACAAAAUUGGACGCAAAGGUGUUCUUAUACUUUGUACGGUAUUUCAAAUUUUGUCAGCGAUACUUUUUUUGGUAUCUAAACCUAGCGGCUUAAUGGAAUUAUUAUUUAUCGGAAGACUGCUUUCAGGAUUCGCUUCAGGUCUUACAACUACUGUUGUUCCUAUGUAUUUGAUUGAAUUGGCCCCACUGCACCUUCGAGGAGCAAUAGGAGUAUUAUGUCCUCUUGGAUUGACAAUAGGAGUAUUAGCAGGACAAAUUUUAUCAAUGCAUAACAUUUUAGGUAAUACCAAUUACUGGCCUCACUGUUUGGCCGUCUACGCUGUGCCUGUCAUUUUAACUGCCUUAAUAUUGCCUAUAUUGCCAGAGAGUCCUAAGUAUUUGUUUGUAAUAAAAAAGCAACAUCAUCUAGCCUUCCAACAAUUAAAGAGAAUAAGAAAGACAGGAGAGAAUUCUAUUAGGCUAGAAAUAGAGGAAUUGAAAAAAGAACAAGUAAACAACGAAAAAUCUACUGCAGAUAAUUGGAAUUUACGAAGAGUUCUUACUGAUCGUAGCCUUUUGUUACCUCUUUUAUUAGUGUGUAGUUUACAAAGUGGACAACAACUUAGCGGAAUAAAUGCGGUAUUUUUUUAUUCAAACAGGAUUUUCAUAGCUGCAGGAUUAUCGGUCGAAGAACGAGAAAUGGCAACAAUCGGUACAGGGAUAUGUAACUGUUUAAUGGCAAUAUUGUCGAUUUGGACGAUGUCUCGUUUUACUAGGAGAUUAUGUAUACAAGUUAGUCUUUUAACAUCGGCGGUUUGCCUUAUAACACUGGGCGUUUCUAUUAUGUAUAUUGAAUUAUACCCAUGGGUGGCAUUUUUAAGUAUUGUGGGCGUUCUGGGAUUUGUAUUAUGCUAUGGAAUUGGAUUGGGUCCUAUUCCAUACUUUGUCGGCUCUGAAUUGUUUGAAGUUGGACCCAGACCUACCGCCAUGGCUUUGGGAAGUAUGUGUAAUUGGGGUGGAAAUUUAAUCGUUGGAUUAACAUUUCCUACUUUGCAAUUAACUAUAGGAUCAGCGUCGUUUUUCAUUUUUGUCGCCGUAGUUUUAGGAUUGUUUGUAUUUUUAAGAGCUUACCUUCCCGAAACAAAAGGUAAAGAUAUCUCCGAAAUUGUCCAAUUAUGUAGCCCCGGCUUAGCAUUGUCAACGUUAGAAACUAACGCCGAAGAGUCUUCUCAGGAUAUUGAAAAAUUGAAUAAAGUUGAUGCUUGAUCAGCUUACGUCUGUUUAUAAGUGUACUUAAUAUUUGUGCUUCCAUUUUAACAUAGUAUCGGUAAUGAAAUGUCGGAUAACUAUUAUGAGAAGUGUCUACAUUUUGUAAAUUCAAAUUCAAUUCAAUUAAUGAAUAGUUGAACGAUAAGUGACAUUUACUUUAAAACAUAACGUUAAAUAGGUGGUUUCAUAGGUUUUCAUAAAAGCAAUAUACGUUUUUGAGAUUUUCAAAUUUCAGGCACCUACAUUGAUAUCUAAUCCGGCAAUAAUUGUUUUCCUACCUAUAUAUACGGUUGGUACUAAUAUUGUUGAGUGUUCAGGGAGGGUUUUUUUAGGAUUAAAAAAAUUUAUUAAAAAUGUAUUGCCAAAGAACA